AUGUCGUCUACUCCUAUGGCGAUAGACUCUCCAAUAGGAUCAAAUGGGACCUCCAUAUUGAAAGCAAAUGGAGUGUCAUCAGGACCAUCAACUGCCAAGCUUACGGAGAUGAUCUCUCUGUAUACUCCUGUCAAGCUUAUUACAUCAGAAACUGAUAAUACUAUGCAAAUUUAUGAUGUUCUCGAAGGAAGACAUUCAAAGAUGAACAUUAGUGCUAAGUACGGUUGCAACCAUGCCAUGUUUGGCCAUGCCGAACACUGUAUAAUACAUUCCAGUACCAAAAAAGACCACAAAAUACGUUACCUCUCGGCUCAUGAUAACUCCUACAUUCGUUACUUCGAGGGCCAUGAACAAAAUGUCACAUGUCUAUCCCUCCAUCCUGGUCAGGACAAUUUCAUUUCAUGCUCUGAAGAUAACACUCUUCGGAUAUGGGAUGCAGCUUCCAACAAUCCUGCUGGUAUCUUGAAUCUUACCGGUGUUCAUCUCGUGGCAUGGGAUCCAUCUGGAAACGUCUUUGCAACUGCUUCUCCGCUAGCUCAAUCCAUUUUACUGUAUGAUUUCCGCAACUUCGACAAGGAACCUUUUGCUACUUUUGACAUAUUACCAUUUUGUCAAGAGUUCUCCCCGCAAGCAAUUGGAAGAGGGUGGAAUAAAUUAGCUUUUUCGAAUGAUGGGAAACACCUACUACUAGGCACGACUGGCAAUGGCCAUUUCUUACUAGAUGCAUUUGACGGACAUCUGAAAGCAUUCCUAAGGAGGGAUAGAGGUGGUGCCAGAAGAUUGGGAGCAGGAGACCACAAUCCGGAUAAUUUGGAUCCUUCAUCAAGUGAAUAUCUCCAUACCACUGCGGGAGACUGCUGUUUUACUCCUGAUGGAAGAUAUGUAAUUAGUGGAUCUCGAGGCAAAAAUGUCUUGGUAUGGGAUACACUCGCAGCUACGAAAAAUCGAGUUCUCAAUCCUUUGCAUGAAUUGGAAUACGCAGGCGAUUCGGCAAUUGUAGCUUUCAACCCCAAGUAUAACCAUUUUGCUACGGCGGACCAGGAGGUUUUGUUUUGGGUCCCGAAUACGGAUAUGCUCUGA